AUGAAAGAGCUCGAUCCGACGGAUCCCAUCGGCCAAAACGCGAUAAAGCUGAUAAGCAAUGUCUGUUUCUCACUUUUCGUCUUCUCCGUCCUCAUCUUCACCGUGAUCGCCAUCACCUACCAGCCCCCUGACCCGUGGGAGUCCGCCCGUGCCCUCACUAAGGCCUUCACCCAAGUCGAGAACGCCACUUUCCAGACCGACACAUCUGUCCUCAAAACCGGCGAGGACAUCGCCUCCUCCCCCGCGCCGCCGCCACUGCUGCCGGUUCCCGAGCCCACGAUCCAGAAAUCCGAAGACGAAACCCCGAAUAACAACGCAACCAUCCAGAAGUUAAGCUGCGAGGACGUGUCCGCCGUCAACUGCUUGGACCCAGCUGUCCUGCUCGCAAUCAAGCGGUUCAACCUUCGGGCCUUCCGGGCCAUCACAUUCCUCGAUUACGGGCUUCCCGUGAACGGGUCGAGGCCCGACGAGUGCGACGUAGCCUGGAGGUUCCGGAACAAGAAGGAGAAGUCCUGGAGAAGGUACAGGGAUUUCCGGAGGUUUAAGAUAGGGUUCACAGAUGAGUGCCAGUAUAAGGUAGUCCGCCCAGGCCGCUGGCACUCGGGCCUGAACGCCCGCAGGCAGCGGGCCAGAUCUGCCUCUGCCCCUCCUCUGGCUGUAAAGGACAACGAGAUCAACGACACUAUCCCAAUCCUAGGCCCUCUUUUCAGAAAUGGCAAGUAUUUGUACUACUCGAGGGGCGGAGACUACUGCAAGAACAUGAACCAAUAUAUCUGGAGCUUUCUGUGUGCUCUGGGAGAGGCCCGUUAUCUGAAUCGAACGCUCGUGAUGGAUCUGAGCUUGUGCCUGGCCUCGGCCUACACGAGCAGCAGAAAGGACGAGGAAGGGAAGGAUUUCCGAUUCUAUUUCGAUUUCGAGCACCUGAAAGAAACGGCCUCGAUAGUCGAGGAAGGCGAGUUCAUGAGGGAUUGGAAGAAGUGGGACAAGAAUCACAAAACGAAAAUACCGGUUAAGAAGGUGGGGAGCUAUAAGGUCACGCCAAUGCAGCUGAAGAAAGAAAAGAGCACGAUCCUGUGGAGGCAGUUUCAGGGGCCCGAGCCCGAAAAUUAUUGGUUCAGGGUGUGUGAAGGGCCCGCGGCUAAGUACAUUGAGCGGCCAUGGCAGGCCCUUUGGAAAUCUAAGAGGUUGAUGAAUAUUGUGUCUGCCAUUAGUGGGAGCAUGGAUUGGGAUUUUGAUGCGGUUCAUGUCGUGCGUGGAGAGAAAGCCCUUGAUAAGAAGAUGUGGCCCAAUUUGGACAGGGACACUUCACCCGAUGCCAUAGUUGCGAAACUUCAGGGUGAAAUCGCGCCUUGGAGGAAUUUGUAUGUGGCUACUAACGAGCCAUUUUACAACUACUUUGAUAAGUUGAGGUCGCACUACAAGGUUCACUUGCUCGACGAUUACAGGUAUUUGUGGGGGAACACGAGCGAGUGGUAUAACGAGACGAGGUUGUUGAAUGGGGGGCAGCCUGUGGAGUUUGAUGGGUACAUGAGGGUGGCUGUGGACACGGAGGUUCUGUACAGGGCGAAGAAGAAGGUGGAGACGUUUUAUGACUUGACGAAAGAUUGCAAAGAUGGUGUUAAUAAGUGCUAA